AUGCUGGUCCAGGAUCCAGCUACAUCCGAAUUUCACGUCCUACCGCCCCAGGCCACUGUAGCAGCACAUACAGCCACGCCAUGCCGCUCGCCAGAAGCACCUUUAACAAUUGCAAACUCCGCUUCCGCUAGAGCCGCGUCUGGCGGCGCAGAAAGCGGCGGGGGAGGCGGAGCGAGCGACAAUAAGUUUCUGCGGGUGUCGAUCCAGUCCGUUGCGCUCGCGUUGGCGUUCGGCGGAGCGGCGGCGUUUCUCCGCAUGCUGCUGUCCGCGCUCCCCCCGGACUUCCUGUCGCGCUGGAAGAAGCUGUUCGCGGAGCAGCCGCACUUCGACCCCAAGACGGCCGUCGAAGCGCGCCGAGCCACCGCCAUCUACGACUGCCACGGCGACUUAAUCGCCACCGUCGUUCCCGGCGGGUUCGGCGGCCGGCGGAAGGACGCGAGCAAGGGGCAGGCGCCGUUGAAGCCGACGGAAGUGCCGGCGGUGAUGUGGCAGGCGGUUAUCGCGACGGAGGACCGACGGUUCUUCGAACACCAGGGGUUCGAUCCCAAGGGCCUGACACGUGCCAUCAUGUCAUUGGCGCGGACGGGAGGCGGGAGUACGAUCACGCAGCAGCUGGUGAAGAACGUGUUUCUGUCGAACGAGCGGCGGUGGACGCGCAAGCUGGUGGAGAUCAUACUGGCCGUGAUUAUAGAGAGGCGCAUGACCAAGUGGGACAUCCUUCACCUCUACCUCAAUAAGAUCUACUGGGGCCACGGGGUGACGGGACUGGAGGCAGCAUCAGCGCUCUACUUUGGAAAGCACCCGUCGCUGCUCACGCUGGGCGAGUGCGCCAUGCUGGCCGGUAUCAUCCCCGCGCCCGAGCUCCUCUCGCCCUACCGCGACCCCUCCAGGGGUCGCAAGCCCCAGUCGCGGGCGCUGAGGCGAAUGGUGGAAGCCGGAUUUCUGGACAUUGCCACGGCCACGGAGGCCAUGCAGCAGCCGCUGCGCCUGGGAUCCGAGGCCAAGCACGGCACGUCGGGGCCGUGGCGAGCUCCCUUCUUUGUCAGCGAGGUGAGAGGUGUGCUGGGGAGGUGGGUGGGGAAUGGCACGUGUGAUGGACGAGCCCUGAGUGGGUUGGAGCUCGCUCUGCCUCUCUUCCCUCCCUGCCCCCUCACGCCCAUCCCCCUCUCCCUCACGCUCUCCGCCCACUCCCCCACGCCUUUCCCCUCCCCCCCACGCCCUUCCCCCCACCCCCCCCGCCCCACCCAGGUGUUAUACGAGCUGGCGCAGAGGUACGGGCGCGAGGAGGUGGUGCGGGGCGGGCUGCAGGUGCACACGACGCUGGACCUGACGAUGCAGGACGCGGGGGAGAAGGUGGUGGGGGACGGCACGCGCGAGUACGACCAGGAGCGGGAGGCGGCAGCUCAGAGAGACAUUGCGGCGAUUGCGAUGAAGCUGGAGGAGCUGCGGGGGAGGCGGCAGCAGCAGAUUCUGGCCACUGUGGCCGCUGCUGCUGUCAAGAGGUCAGCAGAGUUCCGCAAGAAGAACGGCCAAACACAGAAGACAGUGUCUGAGAUGAUGGCGGACGAGACGGCAGCAGUGGCCCGCACCCUAGAGCGAUUCGCAGCCAUGGAGCGUACUCUGACAACUGCCAUGCAGCGCUACGAGAACGAGCUCAGGAGCGCUCAGGCCGCCAGGCUGGAAGGGGCCAUGGUGGCCAUGGACCCGCUCUCAGGCGCGGUGAGGGUGCUGGUGGGGGGCCGGGACUACUACGAGAGCUGCUUCAACCGCGCCACCCAGGCGCUGCGCCCCCCCGGCUCCACCUUCAAGCCCGUCGUCUACCUCACUGCGCUCGCCGAGGGCAUCACCAAGGACUACGUGUUGGUGGACGAGCCAUACGAGGUGGGCGGGUUCGCCCCGGAGAACUACGACCGCAAGUUCCGCGGGCCCGUCACGCUGGAGGAGUCGCUGCUCAAGUCGCUCAACGUGCCCACUGUGAAGCUGUGCGCUGAGAUCGGCGUGGACAAGGUGUGCCACAUGGGGCGGGCACUCGGCAUCAAGACGCCACUCCCCCACGAGCUGGCGCUGUCGCUGGGCGGCUGUGAGGUUGAGACACCGCUACCGCACGAGCUGGCGCUCUCGCUGGGCGGCUGCGAGGUGACACCUCUGCAGCUCACCACCGUGUACUGCACGAUCGCUGCAGGGGGAAUCUACCACCGCCCACACCUCAUCACCCGCGUUGAGUCGUACAACGGAAGAGUGCUGGAGGAAGCCAAGGUGUGCAUGGAGCGCAGGGACCCAGUGGUGGACGAGGCAGCGGUGGGCGAGUUGAGGAAGCUGCUGCAGGCCGUCGUGGAGAGGGGCACUGGCAAGGGGGCGCGCAUGGACCGCCCGUGUGCCGGCAAGACGGGCACGUCUGAUGGCCACCGCGACUGCUGGUUCGCUGGGUUCACCCCGCAGCUGGCGUGCGUGGUGAGUGGGGGGAUCUUAUUCACUCGUGCCUCGUCCCCCCCUCUCUCACUCAUCGUGCCCACCCUCCUGCUCCCCUCUCCUCCCCCCCAGGUGUGGCUGGGCUACGACGACAACAGGCCGGUGAGUGGCCUUUAUCCCGGCACGGGCUCUCCUCGCUCCAAUGGUCCUUCAUCAAGCAGAACAGACACCGGCUCACCUCCCUCUCACUCCUACCCUGCACCACCCCGGCACUGCCUCACCACCCUCCACCCAUCCCCACCCCUCCUGCCGUUUCCUCCUCCCCUCCAGGUAUGGCUGGGCUACGACGACAACUUGCCAGUGGGAGGGCUGCACCCCGGCACCGGUUCCAGCCAUGCUGCACCUCUCUGGAGCCGCUUCAUGACGCUCGCCCAUGAAGGGCUGCCCGUGAAAAAAAUCCUCGACCCUGCCCGGGACAGGUACACUGGGCGGGCAGCUGGAAGGGAGUUUCAGAAGCGGAGCCGGCGCGCUCAGAAGGGGGCAGGCGGGGAGGGAGGAGGGGAGUCGCCAGGGAGAGGGUUGCUGGGGGAUGAAGGGGAGGAGGUGGGCGAGGAUGACUACGAGGAUGCUCUGCGGUUCUUUGAGCGGGCGAAUCAGGAGGAGGGGCAGGGCGGGAGGAGGGGUGGGGAGUGGGGAGGGGAGAGGGGUGGAGAGAGGGAGGGGGCGACAGGGAGGGGCAUUUCUGCUGCGGCAAUGGCUGCUGCUAAGUGGGGCGCGGGGGGGAGAGGCGGGGGGGUGGAGAAGCGAGGAGGGAGCGGGGAGACACGAGCAGAGAGGCAGGUGGACGAGGAAAUGGGGAGGAGGUGGAGUGCGGAGGAGGGAGUGGAGGGGGAGGACGAGGAGGAGAGUGAGGUUUGUGCGAGGGAUGGGGAGGGGGAUGAUGAGGAUGGGUUGUGGGAGGAAGGGGAGGGAGAGGAGGAGGAGGAGGAGGAGCCAGAGGAGGUAUUGGCUCGCAUGCAGGAGAGGCUCGAGGAGCAGUUUGGGGUGCGACUGGUGGAGGCUGUAUUUGAGGGGCGAGGGGGGGAUGCGGGGAGGGCGAGUGAUUCAAAGGGCAGGGGGGAGGGGCCUGGUGGGGCCGCAGGAGUGGGGGUUGGGGGAGAGCGCACGGGCGGUAGGAGAGAAGGCAUGAGUGUGGAGGCGGGUGGGAGUGGCGAGGGUGCAUUGUAUGAGGCGAUGGCGAUGCCGUCUGUGCCGCGGUCGGCAGCCCAAACCUCCCUUGCUGAGAACCAGGCAGCGUCUGCAGCAGCGGCGGCGGCAGCAGAAGAGCAGAGAGAGGUGGUGAGUGCGAAGUUUUUCACAGCAGUGGAUUCGGAAUCUGCUGUGCCUGACAUCUCUCCGCUGCAGCCGUGGCCUGAGAAACAGGGCGACGGGGCAGAGGGGGGAGGGGAGAUGGAGGCGUGCUGCCCCAUGCCGCCAUGCACGGGCCUGCUGCCUGCCUGCAGGGAGCCGUCACUGGAAGGGAGUGCAGAUGCUGAGAGCGGUGAGGUGGGUGAGAGGGAGCGCGAGGAGGAGGAGGAGGAGGAGAAGCGGCUGGGGUGGACCAAGCGGUUGUUUGUGAAGACCAGGGUCACGGCUCCGAGCGGCGCACCCCUGCCCCCGUCUUCGUCUGUAUCUGCUGCCUACUCUGGUCCAUACUCUGCCUACACUGCCUCAGCUACAUCAGGAAGAGGUUACUCAGAGGAAAAUCCUGGGCAACGCCAGGUGUCUUCUCCUCUCGUCCCAUCCCCCUCCUCCUUGGGACCUCCGUCGUCGCUAGCCCCUUCAAUCCAGCCCCCUCCAGUUUCCAGCAGGUAUGCUGCUGAUGCCAGCAGCGUGCCUGGCAGCUCAGUAGGCGUGUGGGGGAGUGCAGUGCCGCGGCGGCAGCAGAAAGGAGGUGGCACGGGGCCCGAUGCUCCAAGGGAUAGGUCUUCAGGUUCCCCUGCUUUGUUAGGAAGGUUUGGUGGAAGGAGCCGGACAGGUAGGACGUAG